AUGCUCCUCAUUCUCCUCGUACUGGUUACCGUACAGCGUGAACAUGACGGUCUGAAGCAGAUUGUCGAUCUCGCCCACCUUGACCAGCUUGGCCAACGAUGCGAUGUAGCCCGUGUUGUUCUGCAACAGAUGGAACAGCUGACCAUAGUUCUCACGCUGCGACUUGUCCUUGAUCUGGAUUGUCCUGUUCUGCAUCUCGAGGAUAUCGCCCGACGUCUGCAUGAUCUCGUCCAGGGUGAUACGGUUCUUGAUGAGCAGCGCAAUCUUCUUGUCCAAGUUCCUAAUGUCUCGCUCCAAUGUAAAGUUCUUCUUGCUCGAGAUUGA